AUGGGUUCGAUCCAGGAAAUUGAGACGAGGUUGUUCAUUAAUGGCAAGUUUGUGAAUUCUUCAGAUGGCAAGACAUUCCCAUUGAGAUCUCCAACAACUCGAGAGAUCGUUGCUGAAGUUCACGAGGCCAGUGAGCAAGACACAGAUGCAGCAGUCGCCGCAGCAAAGGCUGCAUUUCCAGCAUGGUCUGCCUUGUCACCAGCCGAUAGAGGAGCCUACAUGAAGAAGCUUGCUGGCUUGCUCCAUCAAAGUGGAAAGGAGCUAUCACAACUAGAGGCCAUUUCAAUGGGGAGACCUAUUGGGGGGUAUUUCGAUAAUCACGCUUGUGCGAGCGCAUUUGAGCACUAUGCUGAAGCUGGCUAUGAUGCACAGGGUGCCAGCAGUCUGAACACUCCGGGAUUUGUGAACAUGACUUUCAAGCAACCAUAUGGCGUGGUCGCUGCGAUUAUCCCCUGGAACGUGCCGCUGGUCUUCUUUGCAAAUAAAGUCGCUCCUGCAAUAGCUGCAGGGAAUACAGUCGUGCUGAAGAGCAGUGAGAAAGCACCUUUGACGUCUGCAAAGGUCGCCACCUUGAUUGAGAAAGUAGGCUUUCCUCCUGGGGUCAUAAAUGUGAUAUCAGGCCAUGGACAAACAUCCGGCGCAAUAUUGUCUUCUCACAUGGACGUCAGGGCUCUGAGCUUCACCGGAUCAUGUCGCACCGGGCGUCUCAUCCAGGCGGCGGCCGCUAAGUCGAACCUGAAAAACGUCAUUUUGGAAUUGGGAGGAAAGUCACCAGCCGUCAUCUUUGAAGACAGUAACAUCGACAACGCAGUGGCCGACACACAGAACAGCAUCCAGUGGAAUAGCGGCCAGGUCUGCAUGGCAAAUAGCAGAAUAUAUGUACAAGAGAGUAUCGCCGAUGUAUUCGUGGAGAAAUUCAAGGCCAAAUUCGCAGCUGUCUCUGCAGGUGAUCCGCUGGAUGAAAACACAAAUCAUGGUCCUCAAGCCGACGGGGCUCAGUAUGAAACGGUUCAGAGAUAUAUCGCUGCAGGUAAGGAGACUGGCCAAUUGGUUCUGGGUGGCACUCAGGAAGUUUCCGGGCUAUCCGAUGCCGCCAGCAAGGGUUAUUUCGUGGCCCCUACGGUAUUUCUACAGACUGCCGAGGACGCAGCCGUCAUGAAAGAAGAGAUCUUUGGGCCAGUGGUUAACAUCAACACGUUCAAAACCGAAGCUGAGGCGAUCGCUAAAGCCAAUGACAGCGAGUUCGGCCUGUAUGCGGCGGUAUAUACCAAGGAUAUCAAUCGAGCUAUGCGAUUCGCCAAAGCGCUUGAGUCAGGAACGGUUGGCGUCAAUUGUACGAGUCCGAGCCUCGCCCGAGAUAUGCCAUUUGGUGGCUACAAAAGUAGCGGCAUAGGAAGAGAAGGGUUUGGCUACACCUUGAACAACUUCCUAGAGACCAAGACGGUGUUGAUCAAGAUCGAGGAGUAG